UAUUAAUGACUAGAAAAAAUGAUGAGGAGUAUGAUUUCUUAUUUAAGAUUGUUUUGAUUGGUGAGUUACAUGAUUAAUCGUUUUAGGAGAUUCUGGAGUGGGGAAAACAAAUAUCUUAAAGAGAUUCAUCAAUAAUGAUUUCCAACUUGAAUCGAAGCCAACGAUUGGAGUUGAAUUUGCAACGAAGACACUUCAACAAUCAGGGAAAUCUGUUAAGUGUUAGAUUUGGGAUACUGCAGGUUAAGAGAGGUAAUGUUUCGGAAAAAUUAUAUUUUAGAUAUAGAGCCAUUACAAAUGCAUAUUAUAGAGGAGCUGUGGGAGCAUUUAUUUGUUAUGACGUAACAAGAGAGCCCACUUUCAAGAACACAGAAAAAUGGCUAGCAGAGUUAAAGGAACACGCAGAUGGGAAUAUCGUAAUUAUAAUGAUUGGAAAUAAAAUUGAUGCAGUUGAUCAAAGAGUAAGCUCUGAUCAUUAUAUAGGCUGUGCGAACAGAUGAGGCUUCGGACUUUUGCGAACAGCAGAAGAUAGGGUUUAUAGAAACUUCAGCAUUAGAUGGGACUAAUAUAGAUGUUGCAUUCAACAAGAUUGUAGCAAGUACUGCAUUCUUAAGAUAUCAAUAGAUAUUUUUCACACAAUUGGAUCUAAAACAGCAAAGAAGGUAGUUUAAGUGGAAACAGACCCUGUAGUGCUGUCAGAACAGAAGACACCUCAGAGUAAAUCAAAAAAGAGUAGUGAUGGAUGUUGUUGA